GUCUAUCAGCUGGUCGAUUCAUAACAAACAUGGCGGCCAUAGCCAGGCGAAUUGUACCCAAUGUCCACUUAGUUAACCGAUUUGCUCAGUGCUCAAGGACUUUUAGAACAAACUUAUCUCAUGGCAGUAUCAGCAGUAACCCAGGAAUAUAUAUGUAUUGCACUGCUGUUGCGACAUCGGUUUAUUUUGGAUGGAAAUGGAUUAGGAAGAAUGCAGUGGUGGAAGCUGCCAAACCAACUCGUCGAAUGACAGAUGAACCAUCCUUAAGAGGUCUCAAACUGAACCAUCGAGAACGUCGUUUUAUCAAAUUUGCCUCAGCGGAGUACCAAGGGCAACUCUAUAUGACCCCACAGGACUUCAUAGAAUCUGUCACUGAUUCAGAACCCAGGCCACGUAUGAAGCGAAGGAUACUACAUGAGAGAGAUCUUGACCAAUUUGCCCAGGAAACUCCUGUUCUGUCUAAGGGCUCACCAGAUAUGUUCAGAAAUAUAUUUGACAGAGGUACUAUAUCUUACACAGAAUACUUAUUUUUGCUUUCCAUUCUCACAAAGCCUCAAACAGGAUUUCGCAUUGCAUUUAACAUGUUCGACACAGAUGGUAAUGAACGUGUUGACAAAGAAGAGUUCCUUGUGUUAAUGGAGAUGAUCACUGCUGGUGUAUUCCGGGCCUAUGCCUCUUGGGUAUCUGAUACAUCCCAGGAUGGUAACAUGGACUCCAGUAAGGCCAAGAAGCUUCAAGACACAAGGCAGGUCGUAAGUGAGCUGCUCGUGGGCCGGUCAGCCAACAACAAUCGUUUGGGGCUAGAGAAGAUCUUCAGUACUGCCCGAAGAGAUCGUCUAAAUCGAGCCCUGGAGGGGGCUGUUAAGUCAAGUACCACAGGUGAAGAUGUUGAAGUAUUGGAAGAUGAGCUACAAAAGAGUCAUGUAGUGGACACCACGCUCUUACUCCACUUCUUUGGACGCAAGGGCAAGCAAGACCUUAAGUUUGAAGAAUUUAAGAUGUUUAUGGAAAACCUUCAAACUGAGGUCUUGGAAAUUGAGUUUAAUGAAUUUUCAAAGGGACUGCCAGCUAUCACAGAGUUAGAUUUUGCCAAAAUCUUGCUUCGUUACACCUACCUUCAGUCUGACCAGUAUGAAAUGUACCUCGAGAGAUUGCUUGAUCGUAUUCCUGAGGGUAAAGGCAUCACAUUUAAUGAGUUCAAGUCCUUCUGUCAAUUCCUUAACACCUUGGAUGAUUUUGCUAUUGCAAUGCGAAUGUAUACUUUAGCUGACCAGCCCAUUUCUCAAGAGGAAUUCCAUCGUGCAGUUAAAAUCUGCACGGGAGCAGAGCUAAGUCCACAUAUUGUUGACACGGUUUUCAAGAUUUAUGAUGCGGGGGAUGGGCAGGGAGUUAAAAGGUUCAUUGCUAUAAUGCGAGACCGUCUCCAUCGUGGCUUUAAGCACACAUCCCGCAGCGAGGGUUGGGAUGCGUUCAAACAGUGUGUCAAGAGUGAAAUGAAGGCUGUGGUCUGAAGAGGAAUUUAUCAAAAAUUGAGGAGCUGCAUGACUUCCCUGCAGGUUUUGCACCUCCCCAUGAAUUGAUGAUAAUACAGUCAUCUGUAUACCAAACAUUUUAUAUUUAUAUUUUAUGAAUUCUAUUAAAACGGUGAAGUUUGAUUGUUAAGUAACAUUGAUUAUGUUAUGUAUUUGGAGCAUCAUGAGUUGAUAGAUGAAUGGUUAACUGUUUAUGGCUUAUAUAGACCAACUGGUGGAUAAUUAACUUGAAAAAUAUUUACAAUUAUGAGAUGGCAUGGUUUAGCUCUUGGAAGUUGGUUAUAGUGAAGUGGUGAACCCAGAAGUGUUGGAAAAAAGACAUAGCAACCACAGAUCUUUUAUUAAAUAGUGGGUUUAGCACUUCUUUUUUUAUAAUCAAGUGACCCUAGUAGGUUUAGCACUUUGUUUUGAUUAUAAUAAUAAUCAACUACAAGUAACUUUAAGUACAUUACUUAAGAAAACCUCUUGUAGGUAAUACGUAUUUGAUGAAAGGUCUGCCUUUGCUGUAUUUUUUUUUUUUUAACCAUCUCAACACAGUACAGUGUACUGGUAUAAAGUUUUUGUGGGUUUUCACAUCAUAUCCUGUGUUGGGAGAGAUUUUUUACUAUAUAAUGAUAUAAUUCAUGAGUUUAUCAUAUAGUUUAACAAUACAAAGUCAGGCAGUCACAUCCAAUAUGACUGAUAAGUGUACUUUAGCUGACUUUUGUUACAUGACUGCAAAACCUCAAUAGAAGCCUUGGAAAAUGCCAUUGUGGAAUUUGGUUCCUGCAAGUACUUUAGUACAGAAAUUGGAAAAGGCUAGAAUAUAAUUUAACUCGAAUGUUCAAUAUAGAACUAGUCUUUCUGUCUUAAAGUUAAGAAAUACAUAUAACUGAUUAUUUUAUAGGUUACCAUUAACAGAAAUUUCUUCUGUUGCUAUUCAACUUCUGUAAAAACAACUGUGUUUUAAAGAAUGCAAGUGAGGUACAGUAUUCAACUUCCUAAUUUAUUCCAAGAGUAUUUUCCAUUCAUUUUAUUAUCAGAGUUUCUGCUUUUGCUUGGUUUUCAUUUAUUCUUGUAGUUAUGGUUAAGUUAUGGGUUUUAAUGUACAGUACAGCACAUUAAGAAUAUUUUUCUAGUCAUCUUUGGAUAUUUGUUUUUACCCUUAACAGAUUUCUCAUACAUUGCAAGUGACAAUAACAGCAUUCAGCAUUAAAUUAUUUUGUCAGUAUUGUCCAUAUUGUAGUCAUCAACAUGCAGAACUGAUGUAGAAUUAGGAUCCAAGUCAACAUAUCACCUUUGUAAGUUGAACUUCUAUUUAAAAAUGGGAUAAAAAUCAGUGUUGAAUUUCUCAAGGAAUUUUUAGACUUGGGCUUGACAUGGAUGAAUUGUCCCUCCAUGGGUAGCCCACAGCAUGAAAAAAACAUUGAUGCCAUCUCCCACUAACCACCUCACCUCCAUUUUCUUUCCACUCAGCUUAGGGUCUGUCACCAACAGCACGAGUGAUCGCAUAAUGGGGUUCAAUUAGUGAACAAAGGACUGAACUUCUGUCACUGUGGGCUUAGUGCUUCACAAAAAAAAAUUCUACUUGACUAAACAUCUAUGUUAAAAGCAUAACUGGUAGAUUUAAUCUACCAGUUAUGCUUUUUCAUCUCAAGAUGAAAAAUUCCAGGAAAACAAAGCACAGUAUUACUUAAUUGAUAUUUUUUGUAAUUGAAAAAAUUAAAGUUCAGCAAUUAAGCCAAAAAUAAAAUUUUGGGGGAUUAAUAAUGUCUCUUGAUAGCUGAUAACAAAGAAUAUAAAUGCUUCAUUAAGAGAAACAAUAGUGAUUGAACUGUAGUGUAGUUUAAGAAAUCAAGUUAUCAUGGCAUGUAAGGUGUCACUUGCUUUUUGUUAUAUAACUCUUUGAAUUUUUUUUUAUCCCAUAGCAUUUAUUGUUAAGGAACUUUUUAGUAUAUAUAUAUAUAUAGUUUUGUAAUUCUUUAGCUCUCAUACUGUAUUUAUCAUCUAGAUAAUUUACUUAGGAAACUAAACCCAAAUCAUUAUUUUCAAUUUGUAGCUCAUGUUACUGUGUAUUGAGCAAAACCCAUAGCUAUGCAAUACAAUGUUGUACCAGUCAUACAGGAACAACUUAGUUGUAGCUAGAUGUUUGAGAGCAAUCUCUCUUAAAACUUAUUUCUCAUGAAUUCUCUUAAAGAAUUUCAUUGUUAAUAUUGUCAUCUUGUACAUAUGUUACAACUGUAACACUAUUUUGUACUUGAUUUGUUACUACAUUGAAUAAUUGCAAUAUAGAGAAUCCUAGUAGAAGUUAUUCUAAAGUUGUUAAUUUUUGCAAUAUAUGUACAGUUUAUGAUUUAAGUUUUGUUAUGUAAUACAAA